AUGAGUAUCAAUAACGUCGUAUUUACGGAAGGAGCCGGUUUUCCGUUUCAGCUCGCCCAGGAUGAAAAAGUGUUAUACACGUCUCCCACAACACGACAACCAUUAGCCAUCAAGUCCAAGGCCGCUUUCGGAAAGACUAACAUUCAGUGUGACGACGGAAGAGUGUACGUCACAAAUAAGAGGUUUGUCUAUGUCACUGAUACUCAAGGUGACAUCAAUGCCUUUUCUAUUGACUUGAAUCUUGCGGGCUUGCUUCAGUUUAGUCAUGAGAUUAAACUGCCGUGGUUUGGAGCUAAUUAUUGGCAGUUCCUUUUCUUUAGUGCCAAGGAACCAGCGAUUGCUAGCGAUGGGUUUGCUAAGGAGAUGUGGUAUGAAGGAACACUCCAAUUCAAUAACGGAGGCUUAUUUGAGUUCAUUGAGGCGUUGAAUAAGGUCAUCACUGAUAUCCAUCAAAACCGCGAUAUUGAUGACGAGCUUCCUCGCUACUCGGCGUGA